AUGGUCUUGAACAGCCCCGAGGGGAAAGGAGAGAAAGAGAAAAAAAAGAGAAAACCCAUCUUAAAAUAUCUACGUGACAUCGUGCAGAGCUCGUACACGCGCUAUGAGAGAAAGAAGAAAGAAAAUCCGAAGAAAAACCUGUGGAAGGCGAGCAGAGAGAUCAUCAUAGGCCCACCCUGCCAGCACCUGGCCCAGGAGUAUGACGAGCACAAGGGAUACCGCCUUCGCCUCAAGGCCCGUCAACCUGGACAGCCCACGAGAUGGGCCACACAAGAUUCCCGCCACGGCGGCGCUAGGACAGCAACGUCAGCCUGCGAGUCCCAGACCGGUGUUCUCGAUAACACUAGAAGUAGCGGCGGGACGAGGAGCAACCAGAAGAAGUGGAGGAGAAACCCGGUCCUCAUAGUCCGCAGCCCAUCAGCGGCAUUCCUAUCGGUCCUGCUCGCCUCUCCGCUGAACAUCGACACCGCCUUUCUUGAGGCCCACGCCGGCCUCCGUCGCCAGCCCUCGUCUUCCUUACGCGGUCGCCGCCACUCAUGUCACGGGGCGGCUGCUACUGCGGUGGCGGCGACAUGGACCUACCCGGAGCUGGUCUCAGGUUGCCGGUAUUGGGGCCCAUCACACUGGCAAAGCUCGCUGCUGCUCGCCGCCAAGUGGAAGCCUGUGGCCAGGAUCGUGUCGGGCCAGGAGAACCUGUCGGCCAUGUUCUGCCGCGCCAGUGCGAGGACUGGCGGGGAGGGUGGUGGUGUGGACGUGGUCCUUCUGAGCGGUGGCAGCAGGGAGUUCUUACCCCACCCGGACGACAUUAUGCGGCCGCCGACGAGGGCGAGGAGGAAGGGUUACGUGAUUCCCGUCGCGGGGAGGCAGAGGAUGGAGGACGAACACGACGAUGGCCACGAAGCCCGUGGUAGCGAGGAGAGGCAGCAGGACAAACGCAAUGUCGUCGGGGUGGUGGAAGAUGGCGAGGGCGAAGAGUUCCCCGACUUGGUGGAAGAAUUGCAGGAGGGUUUGGACGCCACUCUCAGCUGGGAGUCAUCAGCCGCGACAGUAGGAGACGAGAUGGAGUUGAUUGAGGUCCUGGAAGAGACGGCAUACGAGCGUUGGCUCGACUUCCUUGAGGUGCUCACCCUGCGGCUGCCACCCCCGUUCGAUGACAGCUGGACGUCCCUGCAGUGGUUAGCCCUGCAGGCCCUGGAGGGAAACCUCGACAUGGCCAACGAUCUUGCACAGCAGAGGGAGAGGAGGACAGCUCUGGUGGGCAGAACCCCAGGCACUGCCACCACCAUCCCUCGCCCAGACUGGACCGAGCUCAUCCGCCGCCUCCAGAUCCGGAUAACCCUGCUCACCGCCGAUGCCGCCGAUGCCGCCGAGCAAGCCAGGCGCCGGUAUCCGGCUCAGCAAGUCUACCCAAGGCCGCCGCCACGACCACCACUACCACCUGCUGAUAAUGUCGACGACGACCACCAGCGCUCCCUAGACCGCGUGUCCUACCUCGGCGGCGUCCUUCUCCCCGUGUCCAUCGUCUCGUCCGUGCUCUCCAUGAACGCCGACUUCGAGCCCGGCCAGCCUCUCUUCUGGGUCUUCUGGGCCGCCGCCGCGCCGCUUGUCCUCCUGACGGUCCUAAUCAUCUACGCGGACAAGCUGCGCGGGGCCGAGGUAUGGGAGGAGGUCACCCCCUCCGAUGACGACGGGAGAGAGGACGAGAAGGGGAGGAACAAGAGAAAGAAGAAGGAGGAGAAGAAGAAGAAGAAGAAGAAGAAGAAGAAGAAGGGAAAGACAGAAGCAAACGAACAGAAUCAGUACCACCACCACCACCAUCAACAACAACAACAGCAACCGUCCUCAUCCCCAUCCGCAUCAAGCAUGGAAGAGUCCACCUUGCCGCCCAAGACACCCUUGCAUUCACGUCCCGAAGUCCGCUCCGAACUCGUGGGCAACAUAGUGACGGGUCUCGAGGGAAACGCAGUCGUGGUGGACGAGGAGGUCUCUUCGCGGCCCCCAGCACCGGCAUCCAGGCCCCCCCUGCAGUCCGAGGACGUUACCUACAACGCAGGCGACGUAAUCAUCAACAUGGACGACCAUCACUACUCCGCGCUCCCUCCUGACAAGCCUCGUCGCCCGCACAUGUAUCGAAAGAAACAACUGGGCUGGGCCGGCGCGGCCAAGUGCAUCCUCACGAGGCAGAAGCCUCACAGGGUGAAGGACGGGCCACCUGUCGAGGGCCGGUGGCGUGAGACGAGAGAUGAAAGUAGAGAAGGGUUACUGCUGAAAAGCAAGCUGUAG